AAGAGUGUUAUUUUUACACGUUUUUACCAGAUCGCGUUGGUGUUAUUAUCAUUGUGUCUUGGCGGUAUCAUUGGCCAUCGAUUGGAUAGCAUGUUGUUCAAGCCUGUCAUGGAUUUAGUUGGCACUGAAGUAGCGCCUACAAUUUCAAAAACGGCGCUUGCAGAAACGCAAGAUUCGUAUGAGGAUUCAAUAUUUUCGCAGCAACGUGACAAUGAGGGUGGCAAUGGUGUGCAACGGCACAAUGCAAAUGGCAAAAAAGAUUUACUGCAGCAUUUGUACGCAGGUUAUGGAUGCUUGAGUUCCAUUGAGGAUUGGACGAAAACAAAGAGGAAUAUUGAUUUCGAAAUUCUGCCGAGCAAAAGUUUCGAUUGCAAUAGCUAUAAGCCGCCUAUAGAUGAGGUGUUCAAAGGCAUAGUAACGGAGAAUUUCAGUGAAAAUCGUGCACCGCCGACGGAUGAACGAGAAAUUGACCAUAAAGCUGUCAACGUAAAGGACUCUUCGGCUGAGAACAGAUUUAUUAAUUUUCCAUCAAUUUCAUACUAUGCAGAUUUUUACAAGGAUUUUUUAGUUGAUACCAAUAGGAAGGAUACUAAACGGGCCGGCACUGCGCCGGUCAUUGGCUGUGAUUGCAAAGUUAAGAUCGACCUACUCGAUCUGGGCCAACAACACUAUCCGCGCUAUCUGAUGAAUGCCGUAUGUCAAAGCAAUCAAUCGCCUAAUGAAUAUCCACAGAAAUGUUGGCGAGGAUCUUAUUGCAAGCCUUUGGAAUACAAAGUAAAAGUGCUCACACCACGCACUCUAUUAGAUCACGGACAGAACGACCCGGCAAUGGCAUGGUUGCCCGAUGAACUUAGACAAGAUUGGAAAUUCAAAAUUGUUACUGUGGCGGCUGGUUGCUUUUGUUCCUACUGAAGAUAUACGCCGAGCAAACAAGGCUGCUGAAUUCUUUACAAAUUAGAGAAAUUUAUUAGUUAUACAACACUAAUGGCACUGAUAUACACACAUAUAUACGUUAUA